CGAUGCCGGUUACGCUGCCGUUCAGUUUGCUUGGACGCUUUCAACUCUACGGUCGUACGUCAGUCGUAUUCGCAAGCGAGUUGGUUAGUUUUCAAUUAUCGUGUAUCGAGCGACAAUUCAUCGAGCGGGUUUUGUGUUUUCAUAUAUGUAGCGUAAAAAUAUACAAAUUUUCCAAUAGGAAACGCGCAACGCCAACACGAAACCAAAAUCGUCUGCAGUUAAUUUCCAGUGAAAUAAAAAAUAGAAAAAAAUUACAAAAAAAACAAUACAACAACGAAAGUGUAGCCAACGCCUGCAGCAACAACAACAAAAGUAAUCAACAUAAAACAACAACAGCAGCAACAGCUACCGAAACGCUCAACAAGUGAUUCCUUGGCUUUGUUAACUCACCUUCGCAAUUUUACUUCGGCACAAAGCUCGGCUGUUCGCCGAACUUCGCGGGUGAAAGGAAAAAGAUUAAACGUGCAAAUCGUGCGUAGACUAUACGAGGAGCAACAGGCUUGAUAACAGUAAAUUUAAUUUUCAAGGGAGCAUAAAUCAGCAGACAAAAUGUCGGAAUCAGUUUGUCACAAAUGCAACGAAAUCAUCACGAAACGCAUCAUAACCGCGCUCGGCAAGACUUGGCAUCCAGAGCAUUUUGCCUGCAAGGACUGCAACACACCCAUCGAGGAGGCCACAUUUAAUAUACAGGAUGGUGAGCCAGUGUGCUCCAAAUGUUUUCUGAAAAACUACUCAGGCACCUGUCACGGCUGUAAGCAACCCAUUUUGGAGCGCACAAUCAAGGCACUCGGCCAGACUUGGCACGAAGAUUGCUUCGUGUGCGGCGGCCCAUGUCAGAAGCCGCUGGUGGGCACAUCAUUUUAUGAGCGCGAUGGACGCGCCUACUGCAAGACAGACUUUGAGGAAUUAUUCGCGGCACGAUGCGCCGGCUGCGCCAAACCCAUAACAGAAAACGCGAUUGUGGCACUAAAUUCCAAAUGGCACAGGGACUGCUUCAAAUGCAAGAAAUGCGCCAACCCCAUCACGGCGAGCAUAUUCGCAGUCGAGGAGAACAAACCGGUGUGCACGGAGUGCUCAGCUUAGAAGCCAGCCGCAAUGAAUACAUCUGAAGUAAUAAAUGAUGUGAAUGAAUGCUAAGGACAAUGGAUAACAAGACACUUAGAAAGCAAGAAAGAUAGAGAGACAGAUAGAAAGAGAUAGAGAUAGAGUGCGCUGGCGAGCGCAAGCGUUUAAUUACCUGAAAAAUCUAGUUUUAAAAGGCAACUCAAAUAACAAAAGGGA